AUGCCCGUCCAAUUACUACCAGCCUCCGCCGCCGCAUUUGCCCCCAGAGCAGCCUCCGUCAACGUCGUCUUGGGUUCCAAGGUCGAGCCCUGGCUCACCCUGACACUCAAGCGCAUCAACCGUGUUAAGCGCCCUCUCAACUCGGUCGCCCAGCACCAGAGAUGCCUCGCCGAGACCCUCGCCAACAAAAACGCCAUCUGGACUCUGGCCUCUGUCAUGCUCCCCAAGCUUCCCGAAGCCGACAUGCCCACCGACUACGCCGAGAACCUCUUCAGCCACCAGCUCAUCCACAUCGAGGCCUACAUUGUCCACGUCGACAUGGUCCUUCGCAAUGAGGUCGCCUACAAGCUCACCACUGACACCAUCGACGCCCUCGUCGAGUUCCACAAGGAGAUUCACUGUGUCGAUGCCAAGGCAAACUCGUCCGACUGGUCUGCAAAGGAGCUGCAGUGCAAGAAACUGCACGACGACUUCGUCCAAGCCAUCAACAAAUUCGUCUUUCGCACCCACGUCACUGCCCUCGAGGGUCUCGAAGAAGAUGGCGCCGGCGAGCUUCUCUGCGGCAAGAGCGAAGAGGUCAGGAAUAAUCUCAUGAACCUCAUGAAGCCUCUUAUUCCUCCCCCUCCCCGCCUCGUCGAAAUGGUUCGCCAGCCUCCUCUUCUACCCAGCUCUCCCAUGAACCACAUUUGGGCCUCAGCCGUUUCCAUGCCUCCUCCUGUCGAUGCCUGGGGUGUCUUUCCUUCGAGUCCCAGUGUCGCCUCGUCUGUUGAAGCCACCACCCCAGUCUGGCACAACAUGCACAUGCAGCAACAAGUCCAUGCACCUUCUCCUCCCAUGGACUUCAGUCAACCUCAAGUUCCCUCUCCUCCCGUGGACUUUAGCCAACCCCAGGUCACCAACGCCUACUUCUUCGGCGGGCCUCAGUUGACUGCCCCCAUGUCUACUGUGCCGCUGCCCAGCAUGUACGCGCCCAACCAGUGCGGCAUGAAUGUCUACAUGGGAAAUGUGUUUGACUGGCAACGCUUCCAGGACUUCAGCACUCCCAUUAUGUGA